AUGAUCCGCUUUAUAGACAACGACCCCGAUGCUGGAUCUACCAAUUUUCUCAGACCAGCUGCUGGUGGGCCAACCACGGCGGUGUCGCUAGAAAAUAUCCACGAAACAAGCCACGAGACCCCGCUUGGCUCGGGCGCCAGCUCGCCAGAGCUAACGGUGUAUGACGACGAUGAUAGUGAGGAUGCUGCAUUUAUGCUCAGCCAUUUGGUUAGUGACGGGUACCAGAGUGUUCUGCAGGGCGAAUCUAGUGACUUUUCCAACUUUUCCUUUGCUUUAGGAGCUGAGCCUGCCCCAGAUGUAGAUUUUGCCUCACAGGCAAAACAGUUUUUCAUCCUUUCGUCUGCGGGAAAACCCAUCUUUUCCUACCAUGGAACGGAUGAGACGGUCACCAGCUACAUGGGCGUGAUCCAGACACUAGUGGCGUUCUUCCAGGACGACAAGGAUAACGAUAAUGGAGAUAACCUCCGGACGAUCACCACCUCCAACAGAACAAAGUUUUCAGUGUUGAACCAAUCGCCAUUGCUUUUCAUGGCUGUAUCCUCGCAAAAUGAACCGGAUGGAGUCCUAUCGCGCCAGUUAGCGUUUCUCCACAACUUUCUCCUCUCCAUUUUCUCGCGCAGCUUUAUCGCGCGCAGCUUUACGCGUGCAAACUUCAACCUCCAGAACCACUUGAGCAGCAACGAUGUACGUGCGCUCAUAGAGAUUUGCGACGGCUUUGCGCACCGUACAAUGACCAAUCUCAACUUCCUCACCUCUUCCUUGGAGUAUUUCUACCUCAAAAAGGCCGUGCGCGCACGUAUUGACGACGUCUUUCUCUCGCUCCGCGCGUUGAAGCUCGGCGAUGAAACCGAUUCCAACAACUUGUUGUACGGGUUGCUAGUGGCACCGCAUGGAAAACUAAUCAGCAUUCUCCGCCCGCGGAACCGCUCGCUCCACACAAUCGACCUCCAGAUCUUGUUCCGCGCGGUAUUCAGCCUUGCGCGCGACGGCCUGGGUGACUCCCAGGAGGAGUUCUGGGUGCCUAUCUGUCUUCCGAAGUUUAAUGCGAACGGCUUUUUGUACGCAUACGUGCGGUUUGUCGACAGUGUAGCGUUGAUUUUAUUGUCGGCUACUAAAGGGGCGUUCUACGAAAUGAAACAGUACGCCAACAGCUUUGUCGCGAAGCUAGAGCUGCCGAAAAUCAUGGGGAGUCUCGCGCAGUCUCUCCAGCUUGCGCGCAACGGUAUCACCGCCGCUUUUGUCCACAACACCAACAUUCUGCACUUUGUGUAUAUCUCAAAGAAGCAUCUCCAGCAUAUUAACUCGAGGCUACCCGAUGACGAAGUGAUUAGGAACAAUGUGGCGCGGUUCUACCACGUUUUAAAAGACUUUCUUGACACUCAGGACUCCUCGCAAACUGAGAAGGGCGAUGAAACACGGAUUGUGUUUCGGAAAUGGCGUACGGGAGAACGGUACCUUGUGGGGUUUGGGCUUGCUAACGCAAGCUUUGAGAUCUAUGCUUUGGUUCCGCACAGUUUUGGCAACGGAAACGUUCGCAAGGACUUGAUUUUUCAUAACAUCAUGGGUAUCGUGCGCUGGUGUGCGCGGAACGAGGAGCGUUUGUUUGUGGUGGGUGGGGCCGUGUUCUAG